AUGGUGGAGUUAAAGCAAAGAGCACAUGGCCUGGCGGAUAGAGGGCUGCCGUCGGCUUCAUUCGACGUGGUUCCCACGCACUCAUCCCUCACUGAGGCUUGUGGUCCUGGUGAUGACUGGUCCGGCGUGAAGGAGAGGGCCGAACGGCGCAAGAUACAAAACAGGCUCAACGUGAGAGCACAUCGGAAAAGAAAGGCUCUGGAGGGUGGAAAUCUGCUUGAUAACGUCCUUGCUUCUCGUAGACGCAAGCCACGCACAGGAGCCAGAUCCACGACUGGUCAGACCGCCAUUGAAGGCUCAGUCUCGAAUCAGGUCCCAACCAACGCGCAACACAGUCGGAAUACACGACAAGCCAUCUUUGCACACUUGCGUUCCAACCGCGGGCUCGGGGAACUCAAAUCGCGGUUCCCCAUCAGCCGCGAUCACCUUAUCCCGCUGAUUCAAUACAACGCCUUGCGCGCUAUACUGACCAACAUCCACGUCCUCUACAUCUGCAACUUGAUAAUCCAGCCUUUUCCGAACAGCAGCUGCGUCCCAACAGAAAUCCAGCGUGUAGUUCUGUGGGACACAAGCCAGCCUGCCCAACAGCCUCCUGACACGCUGCAACUAACGCCGCUCCAGCAACAAAGACCUCACGGGCCGUGGAUUGACACUUUGCCGCUUGCGAAGAUGAGAGACAACGCGAUCAUGCUUGAGGGCUCAUUUGACUUCGAGGAGUUUAUGACAGACUGCUUCGGAGCCAUGUGCAAUUCCGGGCGUGACAGAGACAGUUCCGGCGAUUGCGGCGUGAUUGCGUGGUCGGAUCCUUGGCAUCCGCGAGGCUGGGAGUUCACAGAGGGGUUUAUCAGGAAGUGGAAGAGGAGCAUGCUGGAGGGGUGCGAAGACACAAUAGAGACUACAAACUACUGGAGGAGUCUGAGGGACGAGGAACCUUUGGUCUGGGAUGACCUAUAG